AUGUCAAAGCGAAGUCCGGAAUUGCAUUCGAAUUCUAAUCCACGGCAUUCCAAACGAUCCCGCGGCACGACUGCCUGCCAUGCCUGUCGAUCACGCAAGACGCGGUGCGACAACACCAGGCCAAUCUGUGGGUUCUGUAUCGAGCGCCAGAUCCACUGUAUAUAUCCUGACGCGCUUCCAGCAGAGCCUGAAGUGGACCCGACGAGCAAGGCGAUCCUGCAACAACUGAGCCAUAUUACAGCUCUGCUUGAAGACAAAAAGAAUGGCCAUUCUGACCCAGAACUCAAACAACCUUCAUCGGAUUCUGUCAACGAGAUACCUGAAUACUCGCAAUUGUUCUCCUGCGCACCGGAAUCGACCCUCAAAUGGCCUGUCUUCAAAGGCAUUGUGAGCGAUGCCGAUUCCUCCAUACAUUCGAUCUUGCUGGAAUCGCAGAAGGAAGACAACAGGCCUGUAUAUGUGGAGGAAGACCCCGACCGCGUCAAAGAUGACUUUGUCGAGCCCUGCAUCAGUUUUCUAUCCUCCGCCAACCGUCGGAAUCCCAUCGUCGACGCCGAACAACUCAAACGAUCCGCACGCAAGGUAACAGAAGAAGGGCCUGGCUGGGAUGCCUCGUCAUGUCUGGUGCUACUUGCCUGCGCUUUGUCUCAUCUAAGUGACCCCUUUCAAAACAGGGUGAUCUCAGACGGGCCGGACGCGUGUCCGCCAUCCGACAAGCAUGUGGGCGAAGCUUAUUUGAAUGAGGCCAAGAAGCGGUUCGGAAUGCUGCAUACCUCGCUGAUCGACAUUCAAUGUUUCUUCCUAGCGUCACUCUAUGAGAAAUACGCCAUUCGGCCGCUAGAGGCCUGGAUCUGCAUUCAGCAGGCGUCGUCCCGGUUGAAGCUUCGCUUGGCUUCUAGACAAGCACCGCUGGACAGUCAUGAUCGACAUCUGGAGCAGAGGUUGUAUUGGUCAUUGAUAAGAG